UUUUACUACGUUACGCCAAAAAUAGCAAGAAAGGAAAGCAGAGAAGCUAAAACAGAACCUGUCAAACGCGAAGAAGCUUCUCUUAGCUUAAAAAAUAUAGAUCCACGAGACCUGACACAACAACAUCAAAAUUACUAUUCUCGUUUGCUAAUGUGAAAUGAGGCAUUAUCUUUGGGUUUAAUAAUUUAGGUGUGUUUGAUUAUAAAAUCUAUAUCUAUUCAUUCAAUCUGGCUAAUUUAGGAGGAUUGAAUUUGAGGCCGCGCUUGUGUUUGAAGCAAGCAACUUCUCCAGAGGAACAAGACGAAGAGGAGUGUAGGCCGCGUUGGCGCAAGAGAUUAUCAAUGGCUUUUCAUUGGUCUUCCUUUCUCAAAUUCACCUUCCUUCUCCUCCUUAUUGCUGCCAUUGCCACCGCUUGUUUCACUCUCCCUGUUGAAAAGAUGCUGAAAAAUUUCUUGAUAUGGAUUGAGCAAGAUCUUGGUCCUUGGGGUCCUCUUGUUCUGGCUGUUGCAUACAUUCCUCUAACGGUAUUGGCAGUUCCAGCAUCAGUUCUUACGCUAGGUGGUGGUUAUCUAUUUGGCUUGCCUGUGGGUUUUGUUGCUGAUUCUAUUGGUGCUACCAUUGGUGCUGCCGCAGCAUUUCUUCUUGGUAGAACGAUUGGGAGGUCAUUUGUCAUUUCCAAGUUGAAGGAUUAUCCACAGUUUCGUGCAGUUGCAAUUGCAAUUCGGAAAUCUGGCUUUAAGAUUGUUUUGCUGCUCCGGCUUGUUCCUCUGCUUCCAUUUAAUAUGUUGAACUACCUUUUAUCGGUGACACCAGUUUCCAUUUGGGAAUACAUGUUGGCUUCAUGGUUGGGAAUGAUGCCAAUAACUUUUGCCCUGGUGUAUGUCGGCACAACUCUGAAAGAUAUUUCUGAUGUUACUCAUGGAUGGGGUGAAUUUUCGAAAACCCGCUGGGCUAUGAUCAUAUUGGGCCUAUUGGUCUCUGUGUUUUUAAUAAUUUGUGUCACGAGAGUUGCCAAGGCUGCUUUAGAAAAAGCUUUGGCUGAAAAUGAAGAUAUUGAUGACAUAUUGCCAUCGCCGGAGCUACCAACGGUGGCUGAUCCUGCUGCACAUCUCGGCCAGCCACUUAUAAUCAAGAUAGAUUCUGCUCAAGACAAUCAUGAGAAAUAGGACCGAUAUCAUCUUUGUAAAUUUGAUACUCAUGCUACGGCUAUAGGUGUUAUUUCUUCUUGAUGGUUUUGGCAUCCAUUUGGUGAUGCAUUUCAUAGUCUUCAUUUGUACAGGCAGAUUAUACAAAUCCAUGUAGUUUGGAUAGAAGUGAAUUCUUUAGUUUUUUUAGGCUACUUUUUAAGUCUACCGAGUCUUGGAUUGCCACGAGCUAACAAGUGUAAUAAACUCGGGAAAUAGUUUCCUUAAUGUACCCUUGUUUGUCUACUUCUUAGUACUAAAGAACCCUUUAUCAUGUUCUUGGA